CACUAAAAAGCGCCCUGCACAGCGGGCGAGCCAGAGCCGCGGCGUGGGGGGGCCGCGCAGAAGCUGCGUGGGGGUCUAGCCGAGCCCAGUAGAGCGCAGCCGGGACCUAGAAAGGAACUAAGACCGAGAUCACGCGCGUCUCCCGGUCCCGCGAACGCAGUGCUCACCCCCCGUCGCCCGCACUCCCAGGCGCGACUGGAUGCGGCGGGGGCUCCCGGCCCGGAGCGCACAGGGGCGGCGUGCAGGACCCGCGGGCGCCGCACCCUCCAUGCGCCCAGGCAGCCGGGGGCCCGCGCCGAAGCCGCCGCCGCCGCGCUGAGCUCCGGCCCGGCCGUCGGCCCGCGCCCGGCGGCAGCAUGAGCCAGGCCGAGCUGUCCACCUGCUCGGCGCCGCAGACGCAGCGCAUCUUCCAGGAGGCCGUGCGCAGGGGCAACACACGGGAGCUGCAGUCGCUACUGCAGAACAUGACCAACUGCGAGUUCAACGUGAACUCGUUUGGGCCUGAGGGCCAGACGGCGCUACACCAGUCGGUCAUUGACGGCAACCUGGAGCUGGUGAAGCUGCUGGUCAAAUUCGGCGCCGACAUCCGCCUGGCCAACCGCGACGGCUGGAGCGCGCUGCACAUCGCCGCGUUCGGUGGCCACCAGGACAUCGUGCUCUAUCUCAUUACCAAGGCCAAGUACUCGGCCAGCGGCCGAUGAUGCCCGCCGGACCUGUACCUGACCCGGCCUGGGCCGCGCCCGUGUCAUCUCUGCUGUUCCUUCCCGCCAACUACCUCGGUGUGCGCCGGGCUCGCCGGCCCUGGCGCCCGCGGCCACGGAGAACACCGCCCGACCCCGCACGCGCCCCUCGCCGGCCAGCGCCUCCCCGCGGCGGGCGCUGCGCCGUGCCUCGCGGGUGGGGGCGGGGCACGCCCGGCGCCUUUGAAACCUGAGUGCCGCAGCCAGCGAGCUCGGAACCCGGACACCGGAUCCUGCGCCCAGCGCUUUCCUUCGGAGGUGAAGGCGCGCGGCAGACUCGGGCGCGGGAUGACGAAGACCCCCACGGCCCCUGUAUUUAUCACGUGUGUGUAUACUUGUGGGUGAAGUUUGUGCGCCUGAUUUUUUUUGUUGUUGUUUGGAAAAUAUUGUGCGUGGUCAAUACGGUUUUAUGGGGGAAAGAUUGAUUUUUUUUCUAGUCUUAAAACUUAAAAACUUGAGUCUACCAUUUCUUGGUUGCACUGAAAAUACCGCCUACCCCACCGUUUUCCCGCCCCGCCCCUUCCCCGCCGCCCCACUCCUCCCUUCCCUGCGCCUUUGGGGAGCCCCGCCCGCCGUGGGUAGCCGCCACCCCCGCCCCCAUCCGGCCGGGUUUUCGGAGUACGCACUAGGCCCUGGGAGUCACCGCGCGGGGCUGGCGCGGGGCUGGCGCGGGGCUGGCGCGGUGGGCAGGGGACCUCUCCCCUCCGAGUGAGCGCUAGUGUAGUUAACAGUCGGUUGCACACUUUUUAAAAGAAAAGUAAAUGGAUUUGCCACGAUUAAAUGUCAUAACAUUUAUGACAGUAUAAAAUAUUAACCUAUUUUAAAGCCAAGUUUUAGUUGUAUUUUUGAGUCUUGGUUAUGAACCCCAUUUUAAAGGGCGUUGUAUCCAGCGUUGUUAAGGCAACAGUGUACCCAUAUUUAUAUUUUUAUAAAAUGCCUAUGUGACUGUGAAUCUCGCGUGCGAUUGCUAGUGAGCAGGAGGGUCGAGCACGCUGCCUCGGCCUCCCCGGCUCGCGGAUCAUGCCCGAGGAGCCCGCCGUGGGGGAGGGGCUGCCCGCGGAGCUGGGCCGGGCCGAGGAGCCCUUCCUGGUUUCCGCGGUUCCAAUUCUCUAUGCAACCCCACACCCCUUGUUGUUUUGAUCCUGGGAAAUAAAAGGGAGGCUGAAUUAUUCAAAUUUAAAUGAGGUUUCCCCUUCACAGAAGUGCUGCUGACCCUGCGUGCAGAAAUGGGGCGCGCUGGAGGACACAGGUGGGUGGAGGCGCUUCGUGCUGGCCGGGCAUGCUUGGCCUCUCCUCGCUUUUAUGAAACCGCGUGAGAAGAAUAUGUCGCUAAUGCUGCGGAGCAGGCAGACACUGAAACAAGCACAGAUCACUCCAAAGGGAGGUCUGUAUUUUUUCUACAUGCAAAUGCCUUUUUAAUUAUGUUAAUUAAUGUUAAGACUUCCAGGCUUAUGUCGAAGCUCUGUAUGAGUCCCGGUUUGAUCACUUCCAACUGGAUAAAGUCUGCAGCACAUUCCUGAGUGUACGAUAGACUUGUAACCCGGAAUGAAAAAUUUAAAAAUAAAUUUUUCAUUUGAACUUUUUAUAUUAAAAAA